AUGGGAUGUCUAGUGAGGAGGGAGGAGAUGUCAAGUCAGGAGGAGGGAGGUGUCAAGUCAGGAGGGAGGAGAUGUCAAGUCAGGAGGAGGGAGGUGUCAAGUCAGGAGGGAGGAGGUGUCAAGUCAGGAGGGAGGAGGUGUCAAGUCAGGAGGGAGGAGGUGUCAAGUCAGGAGGAGGGAGGUGUCAAGUCAGGAGGGAGGUGUCAAUUCAGGAGGGAGGUGUCAAGUCAAGAGGGAGGAGGUGUCAGAAUGAAGGAGGUGUCAAGUCAGGAGGAGGCAGGUGUCAAGUCAGGGGACAGGUGUCAAGUCAGGAGGAGAGAGGUGUCAAGUCAGGAGGGUGGAGGUGUCAGAAGGGAGGAGAUGUCAAGUCAGGAGGAGGGAGGUGUCAAGUCAGGAGGGAGGUGUCAAGUCAGGAGUGAGGAGGUGUCAAGUCAGGUGGGAGGUGUCAAGUCAGGAGGGAGGUGUCAAGUCAGGAGGAGGGAGGUGUCAAGUCAGGAGGGAGGAGGUGUCAAGUCAGGAGGAAGGAGGUGUCAAGUCAGGUGGUGGGUGUCAAGACAGGAGGAAGGAGGUGUCAAGUCAGGAGGGAGGUGUCCAGUCAGGGAGGAGGUGUCAAGUCAGGAGGGAGGAGGUGUCAAGUCAGGAGGGAGGCGUCAAGUCAGAAGGGAGGAGGUGUCAAGUCAGGAGGGAGGUGUCAAGUCAGGAGGGAGGAGGUGUCAAGUCAGGUGGGAGGUGUCAAGUCAGGAGGAGGGAGGUGUCAAGUCAGGAGGAGGGAGGAGGGAGGUAUCAAGUCAUGAGUAG